AUGAAGUUUGCCAAAGAGCUCGAUCGCGAGCUCGUCCCAGCCCCGCCACCUUGGCCCAUUACCGCGCCGAACGCACCCCUCUCCCGCCCGGCGGAGCCUGCUGCCUCCGAAGGCUCGGGCGAGAACGAUGACGACGACGACGAUGAGGUAUCGCCCGGAUCCACGCCGCGCGCGCGGCCCAUCUCGCGGCCUGCGCCUACCCGCCGCCCGACCGAGAGCGACUUCUUAACCGACUCGACCAGCCGCGAAAUGCAUUACGGAAGCUUCGUGCCCACCCCCGGUUACAUGUCGCCGUCCGUCGUCGAGGAAAGCUACCCCUUUGAGCUGCCCGCUCCCGCCCUCAAAGAAUCUCUCAAACACUCUGACUCGGUCGUCGAGGAAGGGGGCCGCAAGUGGGGACGGAGAGGACCUCUGGCCACGGCCAGCACCUGGUCCGCGUCCUGCUGCGCAGCCGCUCCACCAGCGCCACAGCGCGCCGGCCGCUCGCCCGCCGACAUCUCCAUGCAGAACCUCGACCUCGUGCGCGAGAAGCAGCACGAGUUCCACGAAUUCCUCGACACCGAGCUGGAAAAAGUGGAAAAGUUUUACCGCUUCAAGGAGGACCAGGCCGGCAAGCGGCUCGCCCUGCUCCGCGAGCAGCUCCACGAGAUGCGCAACCGCCGCAUCCAAGAAAUGUCCCAGGCGCGCGCCAAGAACAAGCCCGCCAAGGCGCAGUCCCGCAAGCACAACAAGCUGGGCGGCAGCGAGGACGAGGCGCAGGACGAGGCCAAGGAUCUCCUCUCGGGCUUUGGCCACGCCAACUGGGUCAAGCCCUUCACGGACAAGAUCUUGGGACCCGGCCCCAACUCCAAGGCGCUGCAAAGAUGGCCCAGACCCCGCGCCGACGCCCGGCGCGACUACAUCCGCCGCCCCGACGACCGCGCGGUGCCGUACCGGUCGGCCAAGCGCAAGCUCAAGCUGGCGCUGCAAGAGUUUUACCGCAGCCUCGAGCUGCUCAAGUCGUACGCCCUGCUCAACCGCACGGCGUUCCGCAAGCUCAACAAAAAGUACGACAAGGCCGUCCACGCCCGCCCGCCCUACCGGUACCUCAACGACAAGGUGAACCCUUCGUACUUUGUCACCAGCGACGUGCUCGAGGGCUACAUCCAGGUCGUCGAGGACCUCGCCUUCCGCAACGGCCUCCUCCUCGGCACGGGAAUCGUCUUCUCCAUCCAGGGCCUCACGUUUGGCGCGCGCCUGCUCACGGGCGCGGAUACCGACUUUACCCUGCGGCAGCAGACGAGCUACCUCAUGCAAAUCUACGGCGGCUACUUUCUCAUGCUCCUCCUCUUCAUCAUGUUUUGCAUCGACUGCCGCUUCUGGCACAAGAACAAGAUCAACUACCACUUCAUUUUCGAAUUCGAUCCCCGCCACCAGCUCGACUGGAAGCAGCUGUCCGAGUUUCCGAGCUUCUUCACCUUUCUCUUUGGCAUGUUUAUGUGGCUCAACUUUAGCCAGUACGGCUCCGAGGACAUGUACCUGUACUACCCCGUGGUGCUGAUUGGCAUCUCUGCGCUCAUCAUCUUUAUGCCCUUGCGCGUAUUCAUGGUCAGGAGCCGGAACUGGUUUGUGUAUUCUCAUAACAUUGAGCUCUUCUUCUGCCUGUACGCCAACCACUGGGAGAAUCCCGUGCAGUGCAACUCGAAUAACUCGCGUCUCCUCGGCUUCUUCGCCGCGCUGCCUCCGAUCUGGCGUUUCCUGCAGUGCCUCCGCCGUUACCACGAUACCAAGAACAUCUUCCCGCACCUCGUUAAUGGUGGGAAGUACACCAUGUCCAUCGCCGCAGCGGUCACGCUCUCGCUCUACCGCAUCUCGCCCUCCAAGUCUACGUUGGCGGCCUUUAUCACGUUUUCCAUCAUCAACUCCAUCUACUGCUCCAUCUGGGACCUGUUUAUGGAUUUCUCCCUCCUCCAACCGCGCGCCCACAGCUGGCUCCUCCGCGACAUCACGGCCCUCAAGUCCCGCUGGAUCUACUACGUCAUCAUGGUACUCGACCCCAUCCUGCGGUUCUCGUGGAUCGCCAUCGCCAUCUUCACCCACAACACGCAGCACUCCACCGUCGUCUCCUUCUCCGUCUCCCUCUUCGAGGUCCUCCGCCGCGGCAUGUGGGCCCUCAUCCGCGUGGAGAACGAGCACUGCGCCAACGUCGCCCAGUACAAGGCCUCGCGCGACGUGCCCCUCCCUUACCGCUUCGAGACCGCAAGCGACGAGGACACGGUGCACGGCGGCAGCCCCGCCGCCGCCGCCGCCGCCACCCCGCUCGUCCAGGGCUCCCAGGGCGGCGCCCCUGCGGCGACGACGACGACAGCCACGCGGCCGCGGCCGCCCGCCGCGACGAAGAGGCCGCCACCGGCAGCAUCGGCCCCGCGCAAGACCGACGUGGACGUACCCGUGGUCGACGAGGAGGAGGAAGACGACGAGGACGAGCAGACGGACGAAGAGGACGAGGAUGGCGAGGGCAUGGUGUCAAGGGGGUCCUCGGGUUUGGAAAACGGCGGAAGCAGCAGCGGGGGCAGGUAG